AUGAACUUAUGCGAUGUCUGCCAAACCAUUGAUAUCCGCGACCUCUUGCAGGGCUUCCACAAGUCGAAAGCCUUCUCCGUGAACGUCUCGACCAGCCCGGACCCAUAUCUAUCCUCCACACCGCACUUCCAGGCUCACCACAUUAGCGUCACGGCUCUUCAAGAUGCCAUUAAAGAUGGCUGUGAGUUGUGUGGCAUGAUCUGGGCACAUUGCAGAAUACAAUCUUGCGACCAUUCACCGUAUGGUGGGGAUCAAUGCCUGUGUCAGAAAUACCGCGGGCCAUUUCGCUUGGCCAUCUAUCAAGGGGUCUAUGAUUCUUACGCCCAAUUGAUGGUUGUGGCCAUGUCCGACAAUGAUAAGCGUGGGCGCCCGGACGGAACAUGGGUUGCUAAGUUGGAUAUCUGUAUUGCAAAGGGCGCAGAGAUCCCCGAAGGGGACACAUAUCUCCUUGAACGUCUCGGCCGGAAUGAAACGCCCGCAGAUCUACGCUCAGAAGCGUGCCUCUCUCUAGCGGCUAACUGGCUGGAUAAGUGCUCGCGGGAGCACGCAGAGUGUGAUGCAUACAAGGACAAACCGGCCUUUCUUCCCACACGCGUCAUCGAUGUCGGGAACUCGCUCACGCCACCUCGUUUACACGUCAGUGGGGGCGGUGAAACCGGGAAAUGGGUGGCACUGAGCUAUUGCAGGGGAAGGGACUCAGACUUCACUCUCAACGCUUCCUCUUUUCACAAUCUCCGCAGCGGACAGCCUCUGGCAGACUUCCCACCCACUCUACAGGAUGCUGUCCUCGUGACAAGAGCACUAGGAGUUCGCUACUUAUGGAUCGACUCCCUAUGCAUCUUUCAAGAUGAUACCAACGACCUGGCGGUUGAAGCUUCGAGAACGAGCCGCGUUUUUAGCGAUGCGGUUGUCACCAUUGCCGCUACGAGCGCAGAAACUGUGAACGACGGGUUUCUGGAUAAACGGGAACCGCAUUUUAACUGCUCGUUCCCUUGGCGCCGACAUGAUCACCCCGAUAGCGUCAAGAAUGGUUGUCGCACAUACCCAGUCUACUUUCGAAGCGGUAGAAGUCCCAUCAACAAGGACCGGUCGAGGAAUUCGCGUUGGGCCACCAGCGGCUGGACGCUCCAGGAGGAGCUGCUGUCGCAACGACUCUUGUAUUAUACGAAAGAAGAGAUGAUCUGGCAAUGCUGCGCUGGGGCAGCUACUGAGCCAGCAGAGGAGCCCACACCUUCUUCCACCUUGUUCUCAAAAGUAAAACACCUCCCAACUGGCUCAGGUAAACCUGAAGGCUCUACAAAAUCUGCAGAAGCUACGUACAGAGUUUGGUACGAGCUGCUUCAAGGAUAUGCAUCACGACAACUCACGUCCGAGGAUGAUCGUUUGCCGGCAAUCGGAGCAAUAGCCGAAUCUUUCAAUACUCAGUUGAAAGAACAGUACUGCGCAGGAUUGUGGAGUGGCGAUAUCCUAUUUGGCUUGCUAUGGAGCCUUCACUGUAGUAGCGGUGGCUCAGGACCGCCUGGUAGAACUCUUCGACGCGCCAUGCUUCGAUUCAUGGACUACGACUCCAAACAUCCCAGACUGCCUGCUAGGGAAAUACCGACUGGUGUUUCCAAAGACCGCGAGCCGUCGUGGAGCUGGGUAGGAGCCGACACGUUUGACGGUUUAACCUGGCCCUCACAGAGCGAUACCUUCGACUACCUUGCAAAGGUCGUUAGUGUUGAGGUUUGUAGCAAGCUUCCCGAUGACUUCGGCCCCGUCGAAGGCGCGGUACUAACCUUGGAUGCACCGUAUCGACACCUGAAUUUGAGACUCGGUGGCUAUUCGAAGUCCCCGUCGCACCCUAUAAAUUUGGUACGGAGGGUCCUGACACGACUCAGUCCGUUGGCAAGGACGAAAAAGUUAGCGCAGGUCGCCCUGAUGAGGCCUGACUACCUCGCAUCAACGACAACCGGCGGCUCUGUCAUUGUUCCGAGCAGCAGCAAGGAGUUCACGCUGAUCCAGCUGGCCAGGACGAGAACAGGAUCUAGGCCAGUGCUCUAUCUUCUCCUUUUACAGCGACAGACGAGAGACAAAACCAACAAUGGGGGACCACAACGUUAUCGUAGAGUUGGGCUGCUGCGGCUUAUGCCUUAUAAGCACGACAAUGAUAACUACAUAGGGGAAGAGAUGACGGAUCUCCUAGAGGGCGCUGCGUAUCGUGAAGUGACCAAAAAGGAGUGGCCUGUCGGGACCUUUGUAAUCGACUGA